GGAGAAGGGGGGAAGGCAGAGCCGGAGAGGGAAGCCGCAGGGGUGAAGGUUCGUGCAAAAGCUCUGCUGCUCCAGCAGAAGGGAGACGGGGAAAGCGAAGGCGCUUUCUGCAGCCAGGUAGCCAUGUCCGCCAAAGCGAUUUCUGAGCAGACCGGGAAGGAGUUCUUGUAUAAAUACAUCUGCACCGCGUCCGCCAUCCAGAAUCGCUUCAAAUAUGCCAGAGUAACGCCUGAGACUGACUGGGACCGUCUGAUUCAAGACCAUCCCUGGCUUUUGACUGAGCGUCUGGUGGUGAAGCCUGACCAGCUGAUCAAACGGCGGGGCAAGCUGGGCCUGGUUGGGGUGAAUCUCAGCUUGGAUCAAGUGAAGACCUGGCUAAAGCAACGGCUAGGCCAUGAAACCACAAUUGCCAAAGCAAAAGGCAUCCUGAAGAACUUCUUGAUAGAGCCGUUCGUUCCACACAAGCAGGCGGAGGAGUUCUAUGUGUGCAUCUACGCUGCUCGCGAGGGGGACUACGUGCUGUUUUACCACCAGGGUGGUGUGGAUGUGGGCGACGUGGAUAUCAAGGCUCAGAAACUGCUUGUGGGCGUUGACAAGAAGCUUGACGAAUCAGCUAUCAAGGAGCACCUGUUGGUGCAUGCUCCACCGAACAAGAAAGACGUUUUGGCAAGCUUCAUCUCUGGCCUGUUCAACCUCUAUGAAGACUUAUAUUUUACGUAUCUGGAAAUCAACCCACUAGUUGUAACUGCAGAUGGUGUAUAUGUGCUGGACCUGGCGGCGAAGAUUGAUGCGACAGCUGACUAUAUCUGUAAAGUAAAAUGGGGCGAUGUGGAGUUUCCUCCUCCUUUUGGAAGAGAGGCUUAUCCAGAGGAAGCCUACAUUGCUGACCUGGAUGCCAAGAGCGGAGCCAGUUUAAAGUUGACUAUCUUGAAUCCUAAAGGCAGAAUCUGGACCAUGGUGGCUGGAGGUGGAGCUUCUGUUGUAUACAGUGACACCAUUUGCGACCUCGGCGGGGUGGACGAAUUGGCCAACUACGGCGAGUACUCUGGCGCUCCCAGUGAGCAGCAGACCUAUGACUAUGCCAAAACCAUUCUCUCUCUCAUGACCCAGGAAAAACAUCCAGAAGGCAAAAUCCUGAUCAUCGGAGGGAGCAUUGCUAAUUUCACCAAUGUAGCCGCCACUUUUAAGGGGAUUGUUAGAGCCAUUAAGGAUUACCAAGGCCCUCUGAAAGAGCAUGAAGUGCGGAUCUUCGUAAGAAGAGGGGGCCCCAACUACCAGGAAGGCCUGCGUGUCAUGGGAGAAGUUGGAAAAACAACUGGCAUUCCUAUCCACGUCUUUGGCACAGAAACCCACAUGACUGCCAUUGUGGGCAUGGCACUGGGACACCGGCCCAUUCCAAAUCAGCCUCCCGCUGCAGCUCACACAGCAAACUUCCUCCUCAAUGCCAGUGGCAGCUCCUCGACUCCAGCCCCAAGCAGGACAGCGUCUUUUUCCGAGUGUAAACCCGACGAGCUGGCUCCAGCCAAGAAAGCCAAGCAGGCAGUCCCAUCAGAUGCAUCUUUGCCUUCAAGAGCAGUUCAAGGUAAAGCCACAACGUUGUUUAGCCGUCACACCAAAGCAAUCGUGUGGGGAAUGCAGACCCGGGCCGUGCAAGGGAUGCUGGAUUUUGACUACACCUGCUCCAGAGACGAGCCUUCGGUAGCCGCCAUGGUCUACCCAUUCACUGGUGACCACAAGCAGAAGUUCUACUGGGGCCACAAAGAGAUCCUCAUCCCUGUCUUCAAGAACAUGGCGGAUGCGAUGAGGAAGCACCCGGAAGUGGACGUGUUGAUCAACUUUGCAUCCCUUCGCUCGGCAUAUGACAGCACCAUGGAGACUAUGAACUACCCACAGAUCCGUACCGUGGCUAUCAUUGCUGAAGGUAUCCCAGAGGCACUGACCCGUAGAUUGAUCAAGACAGCAGAUGAGAAAGGAGUUACAAUUAUUGGACCUGCAACGGUAGGUGGGAUCAAGCCAGGCUGUUUUAAGAUUGGAAAUACGGGUGGAAUGCUGGACAAUAUCUUGGCAUCUAAGCUGUACCGCCCCGGCAGUGUAGCAUACGUUUCUCGUUCUGGAGGGAUGUCCAAUGAACUCAACAACAUCAUCUCCAGGACCACAGAUGGGGUAUUUGAAGGAGUAGCCAUUGGUGGGGACAGAUAUCCUGGUUCUACUUUCAUGGAUCAUGUUUUACGCUACCAGGACACUCCAGGGGUGAAGAUGAUAGUUGUCCUAGGAGAAAUUGGAGGAACCGAGGAGUACAAGAUCUGUCGAGGAGUUAAAGAAGGACGGAUCACUAAGCCUGUUGUCUGCUGGUGUAUUGGGACCUGUGCAACUAUGUUCUCUUCAGAGGUCCAGUUUGGCCACGCAGGAGCGUGUGCCAAUCAGGCAUCCGAAACGGCCGUGGCCAAGAACAAAGCUCUAAAAGAAAUGGGGGUUUAUGUACCUCGGAGUUUUGAUGAGCUGGGCGACGUGAUUCAGUCUGUGUAUGAAGAUCUUGUUUCCAAGGGUGUGGUUGAGCCGGCUCAAGAAGUACCUCCCCCUACGGUGCCAAUGGAUUACUCGUGGGCAAGGGAACUUGGUUUGAUCCGGAAGCCGGCUUCCUUCAUGACGAGCAUCUGUGAUGAACGAGGCCAAGAGCUGAUUUAUGCUGGCAUGCCGAUCACGGAGGUCUUCAAAGAAGAGAUGGGGAUUGGUGGUGUCUUGGGUCUGUUGUGGUUCCAGAGAAGGCUACCCAAGUACGCCUGCCAGUUCAUAGAGAUGUGUUUAAUGGUGACGGCUGAUCACGGGCCUGCGGUGUCAGGAGCUCAUAACACUAUUGUCUGCGCGAGAGCAGGGAAGGAUUUGGUCUCCAGUCUCACCUCUGGCCUGCUCACCAUUGGGGAUCGGUUUGGCGGCGCUCUCGAUGCAGCCGCGAAAAUGUUCAGCAAAGCGUUUGACAGCGGCAUCAUCCCAAUGGAGUUUGUGAACAAGAUGAAGAAAGAAGGGAAGCUGAUUAUGGGCAUUGGCCACCGAGUCAAAUCAAUCAACAACCCAGAUAUGAGAGUUCAAAUCCUCAAGGAUUACGUGAAGCAGCAUUUUCCUGCAACACCCCUUUUGGACUAUGCGCUGGAAGUGGAGAAGAUUACUACGUCCAAGAAACCUAAUCUCAUCCUGAAUGUUGAUGGGCUCAUUGGAGUGGCCUUUGUUGAUGCACUCAGGCACUGUGGCUCCUUUACACGGGAGGAAGCAGAUGAAUAUAUUGACAUUGGGGCUCUCAAUGGUAUCUUUGUGCUUGGCAGAAGUAUGGGGUUCAUCGGACAUUACCUAGAUCAGAAGAGGUUGAAGCAGGGCCUGUACCGUCACCCUUGGGAUGACAUCUCCUACGUCCUGCCAGAGCACAUGACUAUGUGACCACCCAAGGGGACACAGUGAGCUGCUUGUACAGAUGAUGAGUGCUGGUGGCUGAUGUAUGGAAGAGAAUGAAGAGGACUGAGAUUCUGUCCAAGGUGGCACUACAGCUCUUAGGGAUCCUUUGAGAAACCAAAACCCCUCACGAUGUCCUACUGUAUUUAAUGUGUAAAAGCAGUUUCACUGUAUCUGCCUGCUUUUUGUACAUGUUUUUAUUUCUUUUUCCCUUUCCCAUGGCUUUUCUGCAGUGUUUUCUAACCAUGUUUUAAUUUUUUUAAAAAAAAUUAUGACCUAUGACUUGGAGAGCCAGAGAGAGUCAUUGAAUGCACAUGAUGGAAAUCUGAAGCGUUGUUCUCACAAGCUGUAUAAUUUUGUGAUACGGUAGCCAUUUGUCCUUUUUUUUGACUCCUUUGUAUUCAUUUUCGCAGUCUGAUUGUAUUUUCUGGUCCCGGGACCCAUCGCUGCUUUAAUAAGCCACUCUCAGCCUGGUGUAGUAAUUUUAAAAUGUAAACUUGUAACAUAGACUUUUGUUCAAAACUGUGACACAUAACCUGUAUUUAUGCAGCUGAGAUUUCUACUUAUCGCAAAACUUUCUGCAAACCCACAAUUCUUGCAACUUCUGGCCUGUGAAUGGUUGUGUCUGUUCAACCCCAGAUUUCACCAGGGCCUCUAACUUAUAUCCAAAAUAAUUGUCAACCUUUUAUCUGUCGCUGUAUCACUGUAACCGGUUUCAAAUAAAUGGUACAACAAUAAA